CGGAAGUGACGUACAUUUCCUCGACGCUCCUCCAGUCCAACAACGCUGGCCUAAGUUUUCUAACACAACCACUGACAGUCAAAGCUGCUUUUUAAAUCAUUAUUAUUAUCAAAUAUCUUUGCUGUAUGACUUUAAAGUGGACGCCGCCGUGUGAAUUCAGUUCGGGAUAUGUUGGCGUUUAAUCUGCCACAUCUCAGUCAGGAAGGAAGGAAGCGCACAGCCUCUGCAGGAAACCAGCAGUCACACAUUUUAGUCUUCAUUUGUUCGUUUUCGCUGACUUCUUGGAAAUGAAAGCCGCGUUAUUACUGCUGCAUGUGGUCUCGUCCUGGUGGCUGGUCAGCGCCACUCUUUCCAAAACAGACGCGAAGAAGUCCCACAAAGCUGAAGCUGAGACAUCUCCAGCUGAGCUGUCUGUGAUGGAGAGAGGUCUUGUUGUCUCAGACCUGCAAUGGAAAGACGUCGUGAAGGAGGAGAAGAGGCACAGUGCUGACAUCCAGAAGACAUUUCAAGGAGCUGUUCUUGGAUACGUCACACCAUGGAAUUCCCACGGAUACGACGUUGCCAAGAUGUUUGGCUCCAAAAUGACGUCGGUCUCCCCAGUUUGGCUUCAGCUCCGUCGACGGGCUCCUGAAACCUUCGACGUUACGGGACUCCACGAUCACGACUCUGGUUGGGUCAAAGCAGUACGCAAGUCAAACAAAAAAGUCCGUCUGGUGCCUCGGCUCUUGUUUGACGGCUGGUCCUAUCAGGACUACAUGAGCGUGCUGGGGAGUGAAGAUGAAAUCGAGGAGCUGGCGAGUGAGCUGGUGGAUGUUGCAAAGACCGAAGGAUUCGAUGGGUUUACCUUGGAGCUCUGGAGCCAGCUCGGAGGCAACAAGAGAAAGGAGCUGGUGCAUUUGGUGAAGCACAUAUGUGAGAGUUUGAAAGCUAAAAAGUUAGACUGCAUUCUCGUUAUUCCACCGGCUGUGACGAGUACCGGACAGCCGGGGAUGUUUGGCAGGGAGGAGUUUGAGGAGCUGGCUCCAGUUGUUGAUGGCUUCAGCCUGAUGACGUACGACUACUCCAGUGGCCCCAGAUCUGGACCGAGCGCCCCCCUCCCCUGGGUCAGAGAAUGUGUUGUUCAGCUGGCUCCCAGCAGUCAGUGGAGACAGAAGAUCCUGCUCGGACUCAAUUUGUACGGACUUGAUUUCGCGAGCCACGGAACCGAGCCCGUCCUGGGGGGGAGGUACAUCGAGAUUUUGAGAGAAAAUAGGCCCAAAAUUCUUUGGGACGAACAUUCAGCCGAACAUUACUUCAGUUAUAAAAGAAACAACGCAGUCAAGCAUGUAGUGUACUAUCCAUCACUGAAGUCCAUCUACCUGAGGAUCUCUUUGGCCACUGAACUGGGAACAGGCCUUUCUUUAUGGGAACUGGGACAAGGACUGGAUUAUUUCUAUGACCUCCUAUAAGUGUUGGACUUCUCAGUAAAAGCAGCACAUUAAUUCAUCUCGAUUGCAUUUUUUCUUUUUUUGAACAGAAACGAUCUUUAGUGAAGCAUCGACACAGUUUGGUUAAUAUUUAACUUGUUUGGGUCGUGAAUGUGUUGAGAAAUCUCGUCUGGGUGAAUGAAGGGGAAGUCGUUAAAAAAAAAAAAGGUACUUUGUUCUUGAGUUUGGGUUAUUUGACGCUGAGCUUGUGAUUUGUACAGAUUAAAGUGUAACAGCGCAUCUACAUUCAGCCAAAAAAUAAAAAUAAA